AUGGGUGGUUUUGACGUGGAAGCACUUAGUCUCAUGGAAGGAUCAUCAGGAGUUAGGAAAGGUGCAUGGAGUCAACUUGAAGAUAAACUUCUCAGAGAUUGCGUGCAUCUUUAUGGGGAAGGAAAAUGGCACCUUGUUCCUCAAAGAGCAGGGUUGAAUAGAUGCAGGAAGAGCUGUAGAUUGAGAUGGUUGAACUAUUUGAAACCAAAUAUCAAGCGAGGUGAUUUUAGUGAAGAUGAGGUUGAUUUGAUGAUCAGAUUGCAUAAACUUUUGGGAAACAGGUGGUCUCUGAUUGCAGGAAGACUUCCUGGAAGAACUUCAAACGAUGUGAAGAAUUUCUGGAACACCAACCUACGACGCAAAGUACUCUCUCACAACAAGGAAAAUGUAAAAGAAUCCGAAACAACUAGGAAAACCCACCAAGUGAUAAAGCCUGUGCCUCGGGUUUUGCCAAAAGCAUCGUCUUUGCUGCAAGGAAAAUCCAUGAGUAGUUUCAAAGUUGGUGUUGGUGAAGCAGUUUCAUCGUCAGGGUCUGAGAAUUGGUGGGAAACUUUGUUAGAUGAGAAGGAAGAAAAUAUUAACAACAGCACAUGCUUCCCUGGGGGGAAAGUUGGAGCGAUUGAGCUGGGACGAAGAACUUAG